CUUUUCAAAUGAUUGGAGCUUGUGUGGAAACAGUGGCUCAGGCAGAAGAUUGGAGAUAAAAUUACAGUGUUUAGGAAGUCUGUCCAGGAAAGGUGACAGAGAGAGAUAAAAUGAAGUCAUAAAAGCAUUAUAGAAAUUCAGAGGAUCAUCCGAUUUAAAACAUACACUGUGCUACUGCCAUGGAGACGGUGGUUAUCGUGGCAAUUGGAGUCCUUGCAACAAUAUUUCUGGCAUCAUUUGUGGCUCUUGUGGUCGUCUGUAGACAUCGAUACUGCCAGCCCAGCGAUCUAUUGCACCAGUUUGACUCAAAACCAACAGUGGACCUGAUUGGAGCAAUGGAGACCCAGAGCGAGCCCUCAGAACUGGAACUGGAUGACGUUGUUAUCACCAACCCUCACAUUGAGGCGAUCCUGGAAAAUGAAGAGUGGAUAGAGGAUGCUUCGGGCUUGGUGUCACAUUGCAUUGAAAUUCUCAAGAUAUGUCAUACUCUAACUGAGAAACUUGUUGCCAUGACAAUGGGAUCAGGGGCAAAGAUCAAAUCGCCAGCCAGGCUGAGUGACAUUAUUGUGGUAGCAAAGAGGAUUAGCCCAAGGGUGGACGAUGUUGUGAGAUCGAUGUACCCGCCACUGGAUCCCAAGCUCCUGGAUGCUAGAACCACUGCCCUCUUGCUCUCUGUCAGCCAUCUUGUAUUGGUUACCAGGAAUGCCUGUCACAUGACUGGAAGCUUCGACUGGAUUGACCAAUCCCUGUCCUCGGCUGAGGAACAUAUGUCAGUGCUGAGGGAGGCAGCUCUGGCGAGUGAGUCUGAGAGAAACCUCAUGGGAUGUGACAACUUCUGCCAGGAACAGUCUGCAAUUUAGCCCCUAGGCUGGGCUGACAAUGGAGUAGGAGACAGCAUGGACUCUCCCAGCUCAAAUAGCUCAACUUUAACUUAGAACUUUUCUAUAAACAUCAUAGCAUGGUUUAAUCAAUCUCUGAAGUGUGUUACUUAAAGCUAAUGAAGACUGUGUUCUACUGUUGAUUUUUGGACACAAAAUCAGUCAUAGUCCUUGAUUCUACUUGAUUUUUUUUAUUACUGUUUAUGAAAAAUUUAUUAAGAGCAUUUUUGAUAACUGUAUCUUUACAUUCCAUUCAAUCUCAUGUUUCUGUGUAUUGCUUUUACAAUCUAUCGUCUCUUAGCUUACUGCAUAUAUUCCUAGAAAUAUCAUUUUCUCAUAUUGCCUUCCUAAAGUUAAAAGUUGCAGAGAAAAUUUACAAGGAUGUUUCCUGGUCUGGAGGACCUGAGUUAUAAGGAACGAUUGAAUAGGUUAGGACUGUAUUCCUUAGAAUGUAGAAGAUUGAGAGGAGAUUUGACAGGGGUAUUCAAAAUUAUGAAGGGUAUAGAUAUGGUAAAUGCAAGUAGGCGUUUUCCACGGAAGUAAGGUGGAACUACAACCAGAGGUCGUGGGUUAUGGAUGAAAGAUGAAAAGUUUAAGGGAAACGAGGGGAAACUUCGCUCAGAGGGUCGUGAGAGUGUGGAAUGAGCUGCCAGUGGAAAUGGUCCAUGUGAGCUCAAUUUCAAUGUUUAAGAGUAGUUUGGAUAGGUAUGUAGAUAUUAGGGACAAGGAGGGCUAUGGUCCCGUUGCAGGUUGUUGGGAGUAGGCAGUUUAAACGGUUUCAGCAUGGACUAGAUGGGCCAAAGGAUCUGCUUCUGUGCUGUACUUCUCUAUGACUCUAUGACUAAAUUAGUAAGGAAAUAGAAAGUCCUAAAAUGAGAGAGCGAUCUUUCUGUAGUUUAUUAUGUAGUGGCUGUGAGUGGUUUACAUUGUACAGGAUAAUUGUAAACUACUUGAAUCUCUCCUUGAUAAUGAGUAGAGAGUUUACUUCUUGCCAUCUGAUGGCCUAAGAUUGCUUCAAACUCUCUAAAGAAUUUUAAGUGAUUUGGAGAUUUCUCUCAAUUAUUAGUGGCAUGAAACAUGUAUUACAGGUUUGUGUUGAGAUUGGACCACAAAAUGUUAACGGAGAGUAUGAGCAAGUGAAAUGGUUUGUGAACGUUGUGUUGAUGGAAGACAAAAGUAGGAAAGUCUUGCUACAAGGGCACUAGGUGUUGAUGAGAUCACACCAGGGAACAAUCCACUUGGCUUUGGUCAAUGAAAGACAUAUUUUGAAGCUGGAGCAACAAAGAUUUGCAAGGGUGAUUCCUGAGAUGAGUGAAUUAACCACUGUUGGGUGUUUAUGAGGAAUGUGGCUUAUAGUUUCUGGAGUUUAUAAGAACUAGAGGGGAUUUAUUUUAAAUAUAUUGUAGCUUGCCAGGAUAGCUCCUCUUAUGCUGAGGGAACAUAAAACUAGGCACCAUUGCUUCAGAACAUUGGUCUGGCAGUUGAGGUGAAAAAAGAUGAGAAACUUCUGUCAAAAAGUGGAGUAUCUUUGAAAUUCUUUAUCCAGGGAACUGUGGAUAUUGAAUAAUUAAACAUAUUCAUGGCUGAUGUAGAUUGAUUUUUGACAUAGGAAACCGGGGUUAUGGAAACUGACAGAAACAAAAUGGAGGUAAAACUCUCUCAGUCCAAAGUCCAGAACAGUCGGUGUCAUACUGAAUUGUGGAGCAAGUAGAAAAUGCAGAAUGGCCUACUUCUACUCCAAUUAUUUAUGUUUUUACAUACUCACUACUUUUAACAAAGAUGAUAUUCUGUUUAUUUUAAACAAAAUGGCAAGAUAGCGGAUCUGAGGUUGGAAUUUUAUUCAACCAAUAUGUGAGUAAUAUCAUAAGGUGCAAUUUCUAAUCAUAUAUGUUAAAAAGGUAAGGUAAGGCAAGGCUAGAGAGGAAAUCAAAGAACCUCAAGUCAUGCACAAUUCUCUCAGCUGUUCUCUAUUUUAUAUUUGUGGGAGCUAACUCUUCAUUCCUGAAUUUUGUAUUGCAGCUAAUGUAUUCUAAUCUGAGAAGGAGUCUGUGAUAUUUAUUUUGAGACAAAAGUUAACAUAGGAUCUGCCCUCAAUCACAGCACCAUCAAUUAAUAAGUGUUCCAAUUGUUUAGAAGUAUGAAAGUGGGAGCAAUUAGUGCUAACUGGUAAUCUGUUUCCUUUGUAAUGUCCCGCUUAUGGGCACGGGUACCUGAAAUGCUAUUGUUCUUAAAACUAAUAUGUACACCUUAUUAGUGUGUGUAUUUUAACCCAUUAGUAUGGCAAUUGGAGCAUUUAAAAAAAUUAUUACGUAGACUGCCAACCAAGUACACUAUUUAUUGGCUAUUUGGAAUUUUCCUUGCGAGGUGGUGGUAAAUGGCCUUCUUGAACCACAGCAGUCUUUCUGGUGAAUGUAGUCCCAUGGCCCUGUUGGGCAGGGAGUGCUGGGAUGUAGACUUGGUGACAGUGAAGGUAAUGGCUGCAUGCAGUGAAAAUACUCCUUCCUUCCGUAUGGUGAAAGUGAUUGGGUGAUACCAUUCAAUUAGACAUCAGUUAGCCUCCCAAGUUUCCUUGAGUGAUGGAAAUUGAAUUUGUGCACCAAAAAAACUAUUGUCCUCCACACUGUAUUUUUUCACUCUGUUUGUCUUGGUAAAAGCUGCUGUCUUUCCAUUUUUUUUCUAAUAGAUAUCUUUUUCCCCCCCAGAAUAUAUCAACUUUGGUGCAUAAAUGAUUCCUGUAAGGUCUAAAUAAAUUUCUUUGCAAUCCAGUUAAUAAAAAAUGUUGCAAUUUUAUGGUCCCUUCUGUAACCCAUAAUGUCCCAAAAUGCUUCACAGCCAAUGAAGAACUGUUGAAGUUCACUCGCUCUGUAUUGGAGUAACACACUGCAAGCUCCCAAUACAGCAUUGCGAUAAAGACUAGAUACAUUCUUAGGCAGAACAAAGGAUAUUUCACACCUUUGGUACUCCUGAUAUGCGCCAUGGGAUGUUUACAUCCAAUGAAAAGAACGGGCAAUACCUUAUUUGUAAUGCCUCAUCCAAAAGCUGGCAGGUCCACCAGUGCAUCUCGCAGGUCAGCACUGCACUGAGAUGAGACUAGACAUUUAAACCAAAUCGCUGCUGAGGCUUUUAUGCCUGCAACCUUCCUUUCUGCAUUCUGACUCCCUUUCAAUGCACACUGAAAUAACUUAAAUGAAAGGGACACUAUUUAGCUCAUGACCACUGGCACAGAAAGUGGUUUACAUCUACAGGCUGGGAUCAUAAUAUCCCCAUGAAAUGGGACAGAGCCAGUUAAAAAGUGAGUGUCAGCAUUUCAGAUUGCUUUUUGGGUCAGCUCAACUCUCAGACUAAUAGUGGUGACAGAACUCUGGAGAAAGGUUCAGUGGGAGAAGAUUUGCAAUGGGUUUGGGUAGUGAAAAUCUUGACUCAGCCUAUAAUACCAAAUAAUAACCAUUAAAUGGAAUGAGUUGCCAGAGGAAGUGGUUGAAGUAAGGAGAUUGCCAACAUUUAAAAGAUAUUUGGGCAGGUACAUGGAUAAGAAAGGUUUAAAGAGAUAUGGGCCAAGGUUGGCAAAUGGGGCUGGCUUAAAUGGGAAUCUUGCUUGACCUGGAGCAAUUAGUUUGACCAUUUCCAUGCUGUAUGACUCUAUGAAUUUAUGACUCUAUAUGUCCAUUCCAAUUAAAAAUUGUAAUUUGAAUGUCGGUUAUUGCAUAAAUAGAACAUCAACUUAUGUUCUAACAUAUGAGGAGCAUUUGAUGGCUCUGGGCCUGCGCUCACUGGAGUUUAGAAGAAUAAGGGGGAGAUCUCAUUGAAGCUUAUCGAAUAUUGAAAGGCCUAGAUAGAAUGGAUGUGGAAAGGAUAUUUUCUGUAGUGGGGGAGUCUAGGUCCAGCGGGCGCAACCUCAGAAACGAGGGACAUCCAUUUAGAACGGAGAUGAGGAGGAAUUUCUUUAGCCAGAGGAUGGUGAAUCGGUGGAAUUUAUAAUUAGUAAGGGUGUCAAAGAUUACGGGGAGAAGGCAGGAGAAUGGGGUUGAGAGGGAUAAUAAAUCAGCCAUGAUGGAACAGUGGAGCAGACUUGAUGGGCUAAAUGGCCUAAUUCUGCUCCUAUGUCUUGUCAUGGAAGAGACCCACAAACAAGAGGAACACUAAUAAAUUAAUGAAAUUCAAAUCAAGGAAAAGAAACUAUAUAAAGCACUUAUCAAUGUUUUUUACACUCCAAGCUGGGUUUGUCUUCAUUUCCCAGCCAAGCCUCAUGUUGCAUUAAAUUUUGUUCACACUUGCUUGAUUUUCUCAUGCUCGCUUCAUUCUUCCUAGAAUGGAGUCACAGAAAUGUUGACUGAGCAGGUUGAAAGGUCGGCACAUUGUGGGCCAAAGGGCCUGUACUGUUCUAUGUUCUAAUCCUCUGCCAGGGUAAACCAAGUUAACAGUAACUGGCCCUUAUUACUCUGAUCUGAAUAAUUGUGAAGUUUUGUGCUUUGACUGGGUCUUGGGGUGUUGUGUUUGAAUUUUUUUUCAAAUUGCUUACAGUUGUGUAUUUUGCCCAAAAAGACUGGCAUAUAUUAUGCUUCUUAGUUAGCUCCUGAAUUGAAUGACUUGUUUGGCCAGUCUAGAGUGGAACCGACUUUCAACCACUCUGCUAUUCUGAAGUUAUAUUGAGGCCAGACUGGGUAAUUUGAUAGAUUUUCUUCCCUGAAGAACAUUAGUGUAAACCAAUUAGUUUAGAAAAACCUGGUAAAUUUGCUUCCAUCACAGCCCAGAAUUAUUUAAGAUUUUACAAAAAUCGUCAGCUGCCUUGAUGAAAUUUAAGCUUGUAUCUACAGAUCAGUGAUUGAGCAUCUGGAGACGAGUCUGAAGGGUAAUCGCUAUGCUAAUAGAUACAGUAUUUGUCCAUUUAAAAAUAAAUAAUUAAAUACCUGACCACAUCUUCAUAUUUGAAAUACUUGUGACAAGGUUAAAUAUCUGAAGAUUUUUCUAAACUGGCAAAGCACUAUGCUGUGUUCAGUUUGAUAGCUGAUUGCUUGUCACCAAUGGUUCGGGAUGUGGAUGGGCUGGGAGUUCUUGGUUUCUUGAGUGACCGAUAGAAAAAGUGCAGAAUUCAAACCUGUACCAUUUUAUCAAACUCAGUUGGUUGUUGAAGGUUACAUGGACAAAGCAGGGAGGAAGUUAAGCUCCAAACUUUUGAACUUAACUACACUUAACAGAUGUUCAUGUAUCUGAAGUUAGUGUAAAUUUUCACCAUGUUAAUGUCAUAUUCAACAUGGAAAAUCCUACAUUGUACUUUAAUUUGUUCAAAGUGUUGAUUUUAUUAUUCAAAGAUGUUUGUACCCCUGAUUUGUACCUUAUAAUAAAAUAAUUUAAAGCAGUUAAUAAAAUAUGGUGGUAA